UGUGUGUGUGUGUGUGUGUGUGUGAGUUACCUUCACUCUCUCUAUCGCUCUCAGUCUGAACACACCGCGAUUUCGACCUCAAUCUGGGGACAAAACGAGGAUGAAACUGUGAUGCCGAGGCGCGCGACAGUAACUGCCGGAGAUCGAAUUAUCAAACGUCAGGAUUCGGAUCAGGAGUUCGGGUGGAGUGUGUCGGAUCAUGCCCGGGGAAGGGUCCGGUUCUGCGCUGGACGACGGGAAGGAUUCACCGAUCAUUUGUGAAGAUGAACUGACGAGCGGCCGGUACAUACUCGACGGGCUCGGGUCCAAUCGAUACUUCAUGAUGGGCGCGACGCAGCAAACGCAGGAAAGUUCGAGUCCGUGUCCGUUGUUCCCGUACACGGGCCAGACCGGAGGAGUAUACGCCGGUUCCGAUGGAUCGCGGUACGCGUCGCUGCACUACGGCUCCGUGAUCCCGCCCGCGGGCUUCUGUCCGUCUCUGUGUGCGGGUCGCGGGGAGUUCGGCGCGGGAUAUCAGUUCGGACACGCUUCGGGAAACUCCUACGGCCCGUAUCAAGGGCCCGGGAUCGGUUCCGUUGCUCGAGCUCAGGUGUAUCUGUGCAACCGGGCGCUGUGGCUCAAGUUUCACCGGCACCAAACAGAGAUGAUUAUCACCAAACAGGGCAGGCGAAUGUUUCCAUUCCUGAGUUUCAAUAUUACCGGCCUGAGCCUGACGACGCAUUAUAACGUGUUUGUGGAGAUUGUUUUAGCGGAUCCGAAUCACUGGAGAUUCCAGGGCGGGAAAUGGGUCACGUGCGGGAAAGCCGACAAUAAUAUGCAAGGGAAUAAGAUUUACGUCCACCCCGAAUCGCCGAAUACAGGCGCUCAUUGGAUGAGACAAGAAAUAUCUUUCGGUAAACUGAAACUAACAAACAACAAGGGAGCAAAUACCAACACUUCACAGAUGAUUGUCCUCCAGUCUCUACACAAGUACCAGCCGAGGCUUCACAUCGUCGAAGUGUCAGACGACGGGAUUGAGAACACAGGGCGAGACUCUAGGACUCAGAUCUUCACCUUCCCGGAGAACCAGUUCAUAGCGGUUACAGCUUACCAGAAUACUGAUAUCACUCAACUGAAGAUCGACCACAAUCCUUUCGCGAAAGGCUUCAGAGAUAACUAUGAUUCGAUGUACACGCUUGCGGAGCGUGAAAGACUGACGCCUUCGCCGACGCACUCGACGCGCGCGCAACAGAUCGUGCCAAGCGCGCGCUACACCAUGCAACCUUUUCUGCAGGAUCAACUCAACAGCCGGCUAUACAGCAGCGAGCAGACCAGUGGCAGCAAACUGGAGCUCACGGCGUACGAGGGAGAUUACUCCAGCUCGUUGUUACCCUACAGCUUCAAGUCUUUACCUCUCCAGAGCGCGCACUCGCUCGGGUACUACCCUGAAGGCGCGUUCGCGUCCGUGACCGCGGGAUGGGGCACGAGAGGCUCGUACCCGAGGAAAGUGCCCUGGUCUCCCAGACCGAAUCCCACCACAGAUGAGCACAUCCUCAUGCCCGACAAAGACAGACCUCAGGAGGAAAGCCCUGUGAGCGCGUUCGCGCAGAACUGGAUGGAGAGCAGCGCGUCCUCUCUGAAGCCUUCAGACUCUGUGGAGCCCAGCGUUUACUCGCUCGUGUGCAAGAGGAGGCGGGUUUCCCACGCAGAAUCCGGGACUGGGAACUCGCCCAAGUGUGAAGAAGACUCGGAAAACUUUAACAAGGACACUUCAUCCUCCUCUAAAGCGAUCGGCUAUUACGCGUUCUAUGCCGCCAGCUAGAGGAACGCUCCCCGAGGACGCUUCCAAAAGCUCACGCACUCUCAAAAAUAAAGGUUCCGAAAGGGCGUUUUACAAUUGAAGAACAAUUUUUGGUUCCCAAAAUAAC